CGCGUAUGUUUCCAUCAUGGCGGCGUCAAUUUCGGGUUACACUUUUAGUUCUGUGUGUUAUCACAGCGCCAACAGCAAUUCCGACCAUAGUCCUCCGUUAUACUGGAGAAUCAAACUGUUCUAACUGUAGAAUCCUCCAGCACCGGCAACAGAGGAACACAGAGAAGAUGAAAAAAAAUUAUCGACAUAGAUUUUUGCAGAUCAUCGACAGUUCCAAAAAGCAACUAUCGGCACUGAUUAAUCGGAAGGCUUCCUGUUGGGAGAAGUGAGACAGGAGGAGACUUUAAGCAUCAGUGACUCACACAUCGGUAGCUCAGAAUUCCUCAAUGUAAUAGAGGUCCAUAAUCAUGAACCUUGUGCACAACUGUUUAGGUAAUGUCAAUGAAGAAAAUCUCAACAGAAUCCUCAAGGACAGGAGAAAAAAUGUUAUCGGCUGGUACCGGUUUCGAAGGAACACCCAACAGCAGAUGUCAUUCAGGGAGCAGGUGAUCCACAAGCAGUUGACCCAUAUACUUGGCAUCCCAGAUCUCGUCUUCCUUCUCUUCAGCUUCAUCUCCACCGCCAAUAGUUCCACACAUGCUCUGGAGUAUGUGCUCUUCAGGCCCAACAGAAACAGGUAUAAUCAGAGGAUAUCUCUAAGCAUCCCAAACCUGGGUAACACCAGUCAACAGGAAUAUAAAGUCUCUUCAGUGCCCAACACCUCCAAGAACUACGCUAGCAUCAUUAAAGAACAUGGGGCUGAGUUCUUCGAUAAGGAUGGGGUGAUGAAAGACAUUCGAGCUAUUUUUCAGGUGUACAGUGCUCUACAAGAAAGGGUGCAGGCAGUGUGUUGCGAAGUGGAUCAAAGUGAACAAGUGAGGGAGAAAAUCCAAGAGGAAGUGAACAAACUCAAAGAGGAAAUCACUCUCAGGAAACGUAACACCGCUGAGGAAGAGAGAAGACUUCAAGAAGCAACCAACACGGUUGUCACACUUCCAGAUGACUCCGCGCUCUCCGACCCAUUACACUCUUCACUGACACAAGUGGUGUUCUCAGGUCCCUCGGUGGAGCCCAGUUUAAAGAGACCUGUCAACUCAUCUUCUCCACCACUUUACAGCACCGCACUGCCUCCAGAUCCACCAAGCACUAUCCUGCUGCCUCGACCCCAAGCUGUGGGCUCUCCCGGCCACCCGUCUCCCAGUCUGGGCUUGGGCAACGGAGACGGCUCCAGCUCAGAUUCUUUGAACCGUCAAGCCACCGGCCAGGAAGAUGAGGAUGAUGAUGAUGAGGACAGUAGCGAGUAUGAGAAUUUAGUUAGCGAGCAACUGCAGCCGCCUUCCAUAACAGAAGCUGUCACAUUGGGACGACCGGCUACCCUGUGGCCUGAUGGAGAUGCCCACAGCCCGCCGGGCUCAUAGUGAUGAAACAAAGUGGGAAUAUAGACAAAUAAACAGAACUAGCUUUCAUUGUGAGGAGGAGAAAGGGGUGAAUGGGUUUUGGCAGGUGGUGUUCAGAACACAAGUAAGCACUUGCCUUUUGGAGUUAUAGAUACAAGUUAUGACAAUGCUGUCCUAUUGUACACAUUUUAAGGGAAAGUUUACCAAAAUAUGAAAAUUCUGCCAUUUACUCACCCUCAUGUUGUUCUAAACCCAUAUGACUUUCUUUCUUCCAUGGAAUAAGAUGGCUAACAUUCAGCCUAACAAAUCCGUUUUGUAGUUUGCAUGUUUGGAACUACAUGAGGGUGAGUAAAUGAUGACACGAUUUUCAUUUUUGGGUGAACUGUUCCUUUAAGGAAAAUUGCUGAGCUUUGAGCAGGGGAGUUCAUUGUAUUGAGAUUGCAAUGCAUCCCGUGCAGAAUUGUGAAGUGGUGACGGAAUAAUAUCCCCAGCCAUGUACUGACGGGCCAUUUCAUCCUCUCCUCUCUGGAUUUGUUGGGGUGGUGAGAUGCAUCCUGCUUACUGGUUAUCUCUUGGCAUCUGCUACAUACCCACUGGGAUCAUUCAGUUCUUACACCAUUUACGUCUUCUACUGUUUUGCCUUCUUUUGAUCUGCAUUUGAAUAGAAAAGCAAAGGGAAUGUUUUUGUUUUUGCGGCCUUCAAACUCAUCUCUAUGUGAGCUUGCACCAUGACUGUUGUUCAUUGUUUCGCUUCACAAAUAUGAUGGAUGGAAACAAAAUUGUAAAAAAAAAAAAAAAUGCAGUUAUUAUAAUUGCUUUGGACUGCACCACUCUGAUACUGAUCUAGAACAGUUUUUGUUCUGGAAAAGUUGUUUUGUUUUUUGAUUUGAUCAGUUUUGUUCUGUUGAGUAAUAUUAAUGGCCUGCUCAUGAAAACCAACAAAAACAAUAAUUUUGGUCAAGGAUUAUACAAGUUAACUCUUUGAUAAGGGGUGCUUGUUCUAUUUUUUUUUUUUUUUUUUAAUGACGUAAUGUAGAUCAUUAAUAAUUUCACUGGUCUGAUUUAAAAUGACUUCUUCUAGAAUGACUUGUUCUAAUGAAUGAACCAAUAAUUAUAUUCUUUUCUGCUGCUCUUCAAACAAACAUUUUUACCAUUGAGCUUUAACUGAAGUUACCAGUUACACAGUUUGACUGAGUAUAUCAGAAUUCUGAGCUGAAAGGGUCAAUGAUCAAACUACAGUCUCAUCAAUCUCAGGAUUCUUUUACAGUACCAGAACUGUUUUUUUCUCUCCAUCUUAUCCUCAUGCAUUUAUUCCUUAGUUUAUUUUUUAAAAAUGUCCAAACCAAUGCAAUGGUGGUUCAGUUUAGUGCUCUGUGAUAAUGUGAAGUAAAUAUUUCAGCUGUAUGCAGCAGAUGAAGAACUUCAUAAAAGGUAGAUUAAGCUUACAGAGUAGCACAGUAUCUGUUGGAUGUUUCGUAAUGUCUUAUUCACUUUCAACUGAGGCUUUUUCCCUGUUUAGUUUGUUUGGGGAUGAAUCUCACAACAUUUCAUGUUCAUACUCCACUGCUAAAUCAAAAGAAAAGAUUGUCGACGUGCAUAAAGAAAAUGAAGCCUAUUUUAAGGACUGUUAACAUUGUUGCAUGGACAUUAUGAAGACAAUUAAGCACCCCCCUGUAAAUUCACAUUGCAGUAAUGCAUCUGAUUGCCUAACUUUAUUUAUUUAUUUUUUUUAUUAUAUUUUUUUAGUUUUCAAUUAUCAUUCUUAACUAUUCUUAUUACUGAAA